AUUGUAUUAUCGUUUGCCAUUUGAGAAGGUUGAUCGCUCUUCUCUAUGUUCUGAAAAUGUAAUUUAUUGUCGUCUCGAUAUUUCAUUAUCGUUUGUUUGUUAUUUGCAAAUUUAUCGAACGUUCGAUGGAUAUUUUAUAAUAUCAAUUCUAAUCGUAGAAAGGGCCUCCAUUUGGAAGGGGAAGUUUGAAGAGGGAGGAAACAUUAAAGAAAGUAGCUCAAGAGUUACAAUGGAGUAGAAACAAUACUAAAUCGCAUAAGAAUUUUGCAAGAGAAUCAGUCUCUUUCCUCUUCUUCCUUCUUCCGUAUUGAAGCCGCAAAAUGCAUAUUACGUUUUUGGUGAGUCAAGACUUUUUAUUUCAAAUGUCCUUCAAGCGACUCGUCAAUCAAUCAUUAAUGUAUCUUUCAAUGUUAAUUUAAAUAUUCCUAUAAAACGUUCAUAUUAAUUAAUGUUUUCUAUCCUUUACAAAUAUUCAUAUUAGAAUAUUACAGUCUUUUAUUUCUAAAAGCUGUAUGUAAAUACUAAAAGAUGUAUGUAAAUAGAUUGUGAGUCAUGAAUUUGAAAGCGAUGAGCCAUAAAGAACGCGUGAAAGCGAGACAAAUCAGGAUUGAAUUUACGCUUCUAACAAAUGCAGUUCUCGUAUGGGCAACCAACGUUUCCUCGCCAAAAAAUCAUCGAUUUUACGAAAAGGAUCAGCAAUUGAUACCACGCUAUAAAAAGGAUUCAAAAUCCAAGAUAAAGAAAGAUGUUAAGCUCGCAUUGCACGGUUCAAAAGAAAAUAAAUUCGACAGCAAUGAACGUUUGAAAGAAAAAGAAUACGUGAAUCCUUGGAACUUAUCCAAAGAGACUGACAGAAUACAAUUUCAAAUAGAAGGCCACAAAGGACCGCAAACGUACAUGUUUGGAUUCGAUACUGGACACGGAAAGAAUAGACAAUAUAGACUGGAAGAGAGGCUUCAAGAUGGCACGGUCAAAGGACAGUAUGGAUAUUAUGAUGCGAGAGGGAAAUUAAGAACAGUUCAGUAUAUUGCCAGACCCUUCGAAGGCUACGUGGAAAAACAUCAUGAAAGUAACACGCGAAAAUCAGAAAAUUAAACAGGUAAUAU